AUGGAGGCCCGCCCCUCCGUUUUUAUCGGGUCUGGCAAUCUAGAAGCUGAUAAAAGGGUCUCAUUUCAUCGAUCUUCUCAAAGUAUAAUUGGUAAAAACUUGCCUGUUGUGAAGAUCUCAUCUCAGAAAAAACAGAAAUAUGUGGUACAUUCAAGUAGCAGCCAUUUGUCCACCUGGCCAGCCUAUGAACCAGGGCAAGGGAUCCUUCAGAACCGAAAACCGUGCUCUCUCCCUGGUUGGCAAAGCACCAGCAAACCUCUCAUGCCGAUUUCAAAGCCACGUUACCUGGAAGAGCUGGAAUCCUAUUUGCGGGCAGAGUUGCAAGCCCUUGACCUGACCAAAGGAAAAGUUCAAGAACUUAAGCUCCAGCCUUAUAGAGAAGUAUUUGAAUGUUUCAUGGAAGAAUUCAAGACUUACAAACCUUUGUUGGCUUCCAUCAAGAGAGAGUAUGAAUCAACUAUAGCCCACCUGCAGGAAAAGAUCUGCACUCUGGAAUCAGUGAACGGGGUUCUGGUCACAGCCUCCGAUCAAUGUACUCAACAAAUCCUGGCUUUUCAACAGCAGGAGAAAAUUGAAAUAGCAAAAUUGAAGGACGAGCGGCUUUAUCUGCUGAAGCUGAUUGACAAAAUGAAAGAGGAAAAAUGUUCGCUAGAGACCCAGGUGGCUAAAUUGCGAAAGACAGUGGCCGAGGAAUACCUGCGUUACCUCAACGAGUGCGAUGCCCGCAAGCUAUUACUCUUGGACCUCAACGAAAUGUACCGCCAGAAGGAAGAAAUGAGGCUCACCAUGGAGCAAGAGGAUGUUCUGGAGGAGGACACCGUGAAGCUGAAGGUGGCACUGAGGGUAGCCCGCCAGGACCUCACCAAAGCUCAAGUGGACCUGAACACCAUGCAGGCAAACUAUGGAGAUGUUGUGCCCAGAAGAGACUUCGAACUUCAGGAGCAAAAAUACAAUGACUUGGCUAAUAAGUUGUCAACUCUUCAAAAAGACUUCGAUGACCUUCGUGACGAAUAUGAGAUAAUGUUGGAUAUACACAAACAAGUGGCCGACGACCGAGACCGCUACUUCAAUGACCUCAUCAAUGUCCAGCGGACGUCCACACCGCGCCCUGACUGGAACAAAUGUGGAGACGUGGUUCUUGGUGGAAAUGAGCGCUGGAGCAGCUUGUCGGUGGGCAAAACAAGCGACCAGCUAGUCGAUGUGCUUUUGGAGGAAAUCGGCGCGGGUCUCCUGAGGGAGCGCGACACCUUCACCGGGCGGGGAAGAAGCGAAAGGAUCCCCCCGUAUCUGAGGUGUGAUGGCCUGGUUAGAAACAAGAAGCUGACCAAGAAGGAAGUCGUGGCCCUUCUGAGGGAGAUAUGGAGGGAAAAAAUCAUAUCCGAUCAGCAGAAAGGGAAACAAUCUAGCCUGCCUGAUUUCUUCCUAGGCUUCUUUCAGAAAAAAUACGGAGAAGCUGCGGCUUUUGACUGGACUUACAGCGUCUAUGAAAACCUCAAGCUCUUUCGGUCAAAUGAAAUGAUGGCCUUGUUCUUUAAUGUCCUGACGGGAAAUGUGGAUGAGGGAGUAUAUCAUUAUCACCUCCUGGAACUUAACAACUUGUUAAAAGAACUAACUCUUGCCGAUACCGAAAAUACUGGCCAGUUGACAGAGGAGCAAUUCACCCUUGCCUUGAGGACAGCUUUCCCACUAAAAACAGAAGAAGAGAUUCAGGAGUUACUUGAUGCAGCGGGCUUCAGGCCAAAUGUUAAUGCUAUUAUAUACAAGCUGUUAUUCUUAGAGGACGAGGAAGGGAAAACAGAACCCCUAAUUACAAAACUUAGGAACCAAUAUAUGAUCGAGAAACAGAACUAUCUGAAUGAUCUACGUGCUGAACUAGGAACCUUGGUAGAUGUGAGGCCUGAUGACCUGAGGGCAGCUUUCUGCAUAAUUGACCACGGCUUAACCGAGCAGACCUUGGAAUCUUACCUCUCUUACGCCUUCCAAGUCCCCAAAGAGCAGCUGGAUCCUGCCGUCUCCGUUCCCGUAGAACUUCUGAUGCAGAGGCUUAUGACGGGAGAUAUCCACAGGCAAGGAGCGGCUCAGGGGCAGCCCCAGCACGCGUCCCCAUCUCACACAGCUGAAGAAACAGAUCAUUCUGGGAUCUGACUCAGCCCACUGGCUCUCCCCCUCUGAGAUUACUUGAAAUAAUAGGAUCUGUUGAGGUAGAACUGAGAACAGAAGCGCAGCUGAUACCUGAGCUCCAGGAAGAAAGCUGGGAUCCCGGUUGAUUCCUUUAGGCUUAGACAAAACUUAAAAUAAUUACAAAACCCACUCUAGGUGCUUUUAAAAUGUUUUUGAAAAUCCACGCAAAACGUUUCAUUUGGAGCAUCCCAUUUCUCAGGCUGGGUAACGAAUUUCCACU